AUGUCGUUAAAACCAUCAACCCGACUUAACGUAUCUAGUGCAUGCGAUUCAUGUAAAGAUUUAAAAAUCAAAUGUGGUUCUGUCGUAUUCACUACAUCAACCGCGGAAUGCACUCAAUGUAUAAAACGUAACCGAAAAUGCACUUUCUUUAAAGAAGAAAAAAAACGUGGACCAAAACUAAAAGAUCCAAAGAAUAAAAAAGGAAAAAAACGUGGACGAAAGCCAAAAGAUCAAAAGAAUCAUAUACAUACGGAAACUGAAAAUAAUCUGAUUAAUGAAACACAUACAGAUCCGCCCAAGAAAAUUUGCGAUAAAAGUAAUAAUGAACUCUUUUCUGGUCUGACUCAAGAAGAAAUUAAAUUCUUAAGCGAAAUAUAUACAAAAGAACAAUUGUCUCAGAUAUUGGCUAUACUCAGAUUCACUACCUCAAAUUCUUGUCCAUCGAAGGAUAUUGUGGAUCACAAGUGCCAUGAAGGUUGUAUUAUAAGAUAG